AUGUCCUACCGUCCAGGCCCAGUCUCAACCUUCAAGCGCCACCGCGAAGCUUUCAUAUCCAACUUGAAUGCACAGGCAGAGGCCCUGAGGAACGAUCCCCGCUGCGCAGAGGAUGUAGCAGCCAAUCUCCGUGAGCUAGUUCACGAUGUCUACAGCAUCAGAUCCGCGUCAAUGGUUAUGGCCGCUGAAGCACGCGGUAAUGCUUUCGUCCAGGCGAAGCCGUAUGGAUUCUAUGGGCAUAAUGUGCCGCGAAUGUGUAAUGAUCUUGUUGCUUGUUUGUUGCAUUGGGCGGAUAUUCUGGUUAAUACUGAUGGGCGGAGGACGGAUGGGAUUGUUGCUGGUGCUAUUGAGGGGGUGGUUGCUUCGUUGGGGUUAUAG